UCCUCAGAGAAAACUGUCAUCUUUGUUUCUCUCCCAUUGAUCCCGAUUGAUUCUCUCGCCUUAAACGUUUCAUCGAGCGACUUAAAAUGGCGCAGCAGUUUGUGCAAACUAAGAUCAAAGGAGACAAAGUAGUGCUGUUCAUCAAGCCCACGUGCUCCUUCUGCAUUACGGCCAAGGAUGUUUUGUCAAAAUACAAAUUCAAGCCGGGACAUUUUGAGUGCAUCGAUAUAAGUGGACGUGGCGACAUGGACAACCUGCAGGACUACUUCCGGGAACUCACCGGAGCGCGCACGGUCCCGAGGGUGUUCAUCGGCGAGGAGUGCGUCGGAGGCGGCAGCGACGUGGCGGCGCUUCACAAGAGCGGUAAACUGGAGAAGAUGCUGCAGUCUAUCGGAGCCCUGCAGUGACCGGCUGCAGACCUCCAGGCAUCCGGGGGGCGGUCACAUGACUAUGCAGCGGGACUUGCGUAGUUUGCGUCGCCGCUGCUGGUACUCGCUGAGCUCCUGCAGGUAGCCUGUGGACGGCCAGCGGAGCCUCUCCACCUGCUCACGCUCCUCCUCUGCAACACGUAUAAACACAUCAAAUGUAGUCACAGCUGAACCCUCACACCUGUAUUUACUGUGCUUGGCAAGUAAAUGUAACAUGUAUACUUACAAAUGCUUGCAUGGUUGCCAAGAGUACAGCCAACAUGGCUGAAUUGUCUGGUAAGACUUUGUUUAUACCAACAAGCAUCAUGAGCUGUGGCCUUAUUCUGACCUUUGACUUCUGUUGUGCCCUUAAUUUCCCGUCCAAUGACCUGAAAUCUAUUCUAGUGUGAAUGACUAAUGAUGACAAUAAAAACAAUGCUAUUAACCGGA